GUCUCUUCAACCCCCAUUAUCUCUCUCUCUCUUUUUUUUUAGUGACAUCUCCCUGAGUUGCAUUUUCUGGGGGAUUCGGCCAGUUUGAUACCCAAAGUACCCCAUUCACCACCACCCACCAGCCAUGGCCAAGAUCUUCACGGCUGGCGACGUUGCGUCGCAUAACAAGCCCGAUAGCUUGUACAUCACCAUUGACGGCGACGUCUACGACCUGACCAAGUUUCAGGACGACCACCCUGGCGGCAAGAAGAUCCUGCAGCGCGUCGCCGGCAAGGAUGCCUCCAAGCAGUUUUGGAAAUACCACAACGAGGGCAUCCUCAAGAAGUACAAGGCCAAGCUGCAGGUCGGCUCGCUCGACACCAAGCCCAAGGAGGAGCCCAAGCCGGCGCCGGCUGCCGCGCCGGCUCCCAAGGCCGUCGUCAAGAAGGCCUCUAGCAGCAGCAGCGAGGCCGAGUCGGAGCCUCUGGAGGCCUUUGGCGACCAGAUCCCCUUUGCGGACCCCAGCUGGUACCAGAACUACCACUCGCCGUACUUCAACGAGUCGCACGUGGCCCUGCGCGCCGAGCUGCGCCAGUGGAUCGAGAGCGACAUCGAGCCGUACGUGACGGAGUGGGACGAGGCCAAGCGGGUGCCCGAGGAGAUCUACCAGGAGAUGGGCCGCCGCGGCUACCUGGCCGGCCUGCUGGGCAUCAAGUACCCGACCGAGUACGUGCCGGCGGGCAUCAAGUCGGUGCCGCCCGAGCAGUGGGACCUGUUCCACGAGAUGAUCAUCACCGACGAGCUGUCGCGGACGGGCUCGGGCGGCCUGGUCUGGAACCUCAUUGGCGGCUUCGGCAUCGGCGGGCCGCCCGUCUUCAAGUUCGGCUCACAGGCGCUCAAGGACCGCAUCGCGCCGGGGAUCCUGCGCGGCGAGAAGCGCAUCUGCCUGGCCAUCACGGAGCCCGACGCCGGCUCCGACGUGGCCAACCUGACGUGCGAGGCCAAGCUGAGCGACGACGGCAAGCACUUCAUCGUCAACGGCGAGAAGAAGUGGAUCACCAACGGCAUCUGGGCCGACUACUUCACCACCGCCGUGCGCACGGGCGGGCCCGGCAUGAACGGCGUCUCGCUGCUGCUGAUUGAGCGCGGGCCGGGCGUCACCACGCGCCGCAUGGACUGCCAGGGCGUGUGGUCGUCGGGCACCACGUACAUUACCUUUGAGGACGUCAAGGUGCCGGUUGAGAAUUUGCUUGGCAAGCAGAACCAGGGCUUCCGAGUCAUCAUGACCAACUUUAACCACGAGCGCAUGGGCAUCAUCAUCCAGUCGAUCCGCUUCGCCCGCGUCUGCUACGAGGAGUCGGUCAAGUACGCCAACAAGCGGCGCACCUUUGGCAAGAAGCUGAUUGAGCACCCGGUGAUCCGGAUGAAGCUGGCGCACAUGGCGCGGCAGAUUGAGGCGUCGUACAGCUGGCUCGAGAGCCUCGUCUACCAGUGCGAGAAGAUGGGCGAGACGGAGGCGAUGCUGCGGCUGGGCGGGCCCAUUGCCGGCCUCAAGGCGCAGUCGACCAUUACCUUUGAGUUUUGCGCGCGCGAGGCCAGCCAGAUCUUUGGCGGCCUGUCGUACUCGCGCGGCGGCCAGGGGGGCAAGGUCGAGAGGCUGUACAGGGACGUGAGGGCGUAUGCGAUCCCGGGCGGCUCCGAGGAGAUUAUGCUGGAUCUGAGCAUGAGGCAGAGCUUGAGGGUUGCCAAGGCCAUGGGGAUGAAGCUGUGAUGAUAUUGGUAGUAUAUGAGUUUGCGUUUUUGUUGGUCAUACUGGCACGAAUCAUAGAUUGAACGAGAUAAUUUGUGAUGCUUCAGCCUUGGCCUCAAUUGCUGCUACCUUUAGGUUGCAAGUCCAUGAUUGAGCCUUGAAAA